GACAAGAUGGCGGACGUCGAGUUAAAUGUCGACAGUUUAAUCCAGCGUCUUUUAGAAGUGCGAGGAUGCCGUCCAGGAAAAACCGUACAGAUGACAGAAUCUGAAGUGAGGGGACUGUGCUUGAAGUCUAGAGAAAUAUUUUUGAGCCAACCAAUACUUUUAGAACUGGAAGCGCCUUUGAAGAUAUGUGGUGACAUCCAUGGGCAAUACACAGACUUACUGCGACUGUUUGAAUAUGGAGGCUUCCCACCAGAGUCAAACUACUUGUUCUUAGGCGACUAUGUGGACAGAGGAAAGCAAUCACUGGAAACAAUUUGUCUUCUGUUGGCGUAUAAGAUCAAAUAUCCGGAGAACUUUUUCUUGUUGAGAGGAAACCAUGAGUGUGCCAGCAUUAAUCGUAUUUAUGGUUUCUAUGAUGAAUGUAAAAGGAGGUUUAACAUCAAGUUAUGGAAGACUUUCACUGACUGUUUUAACUGCUUACCAAUAGCUGCUAUCAUAGACGAGAAAAUUUUCUGCUGUCAUGGGGGCUUAUCUCCAGAUCUCCAAUCUAUGGAACAGAUUCGACGAAUUUUACGACCAACAGAUGUGCCUGACACAGGCUUACUAUGUGACCUACUGUGGUCUGACCCAGACAAAGACGUCCAAGGCUGGGGGGAAAAUGACCGUGGGGUGUCGUUCACAUUUGGAGGAGAUGUCGUCGGUAAAUUCCUCAACAGACAUGAUCUAGACCUAAUUUGCAGAGCCCACCAGGUUGUGGAGGAUGGUUAUGAAUUUUUUGCCAAGAGACAACUAGUGACCCUGUUCUCUGCUCCCAACUACUGCGGGGAGUUUGACAACGCAGGAGGGAUGAUGUCGGUGGAUGAUACCCUUAUGUGCUCAUUUCAGAUAUUGAAACCGUCAGAAAAGAAGGCAAAAUACCAGUAUGGAGGGCUAAAUUCAGGCCGACCUGUCACCCCUCCUCGAGGCCCUCCCAAGAAGAAGUAGUGUCUUUAGCACAAAGUACUUCUACCAAUGCAAAUACUUGUCUAAAAUAUGCAUGGAUUGGAAAUAUUCGUCACCGUUAAUUAUUAUUUAAAUAUUCUACCAUUGGCAGUUGUUAACUUGUGAGGCAGAUUACAGAGUUCAGUCCAAAUUAGAAAAUAAGAGAAAAACUCUAUAAACCAGACUGUGUUGCACCGAAGGGCCUUGACAUCACUUAGAUUUUAUUAUUAUUUUUUUAAACGUCAUUUGCCCCAUUUUUUAAUACAGAAUACAGCCUUCCACAGCUUUAACUCAUGACAUCGUUCAUUUUGGUGCUGUUGAGGUAGGGGACUAAGUAGACUUUUGCAAGCAAGUCCAUAUGGAUCAAGUUCAAACUGAUCGAUUUUAUCUGUGGUGUAGGGCCACUGUGGGAUACAAACAUUUACAUCCUUACUUUUGUCUGUGGCACAAAUACCCCAAGCUAAGGUUUCCUCUGACCACAUAAAUGCAGAAUCUUUUUCAUACCAAGAAAAAUACCCAAUCAUUUUUUAGUGCUGUUCGUAGUUUGAUAGGAUGAUGUUUUUUUUUUAUCAGCAUCAUUAAGGAGGUUGUGGUUUCAUAGAUGGAUCUAAUGUCACAAUGAGAGGUGCUUUAUAAUAGAUGUCACAAGCUAUUAUUUCAAUACACUCUAUACUGUGUAACAAACCAUAAAUGUAUCCAUAGUAGUGUGUUACUGACUGCCAUACCACAUGCUUGUCUUGCUUGUUUAUUUUGUGUUGAAAAACGGAAUCUCAGCCAUAAUGUCAGUUUUCAGGACUAUUAGUCAUUGUGUUUAAAUGUCUUUUUUUUUUUUUUUUUAAUUACCAGUAUUCCUUCCAGUGAAAAUAACAAUGGUGAAUUGGAUUGAAGAGUAGAUUGGACUGGAAACAAUUACAAAUAUAUAUUUUUGAUUCUUGACCAUAUGUGCUGAAGACUACAAAAGCAGUUGUUGUUUCUGUAAAAUAGACUCAUGCCUUUACAUGGCAUAAAGUAAUUAAAAUAUUAAACAAAUUUUGUGUGAUCACCUUAUAAUUUUCACAGGACCUGUAAGCAUGUCCGAAAACUUCCAGAAAGGUGUACAGUCAGUAACUCCUUAAGACUUCGGCUGUUUGGUGAGAUUGUAGUGAGUGGUAUUAGUGUGGGUGUGCGGGGAAAAUUUGGGUGGGGGGAGGGAUAUUGUUGGGGGUGAGCUAUAUUACAAUAGUCGUUUAUCAUAUUUGUCCUCAUUAUGCAAGUAAAACAAGGGCCAGAUUUCUGUAUUCUACAAGAACAGUUUGAACAGACUUUUUGGAUGUGUAGUCUCGACAGAGCAAGACUAUAUUUCAGUACCAAUUGUUAUCAGUGACCUUGAACAUAAUUUAGUCUGAGGUCAAGGCUGUGAUGUCUUACUGUAUUUUGAGUUAAAUAAAACCAGUCCCUAAUAGCAUAUUGAUUUAAAUAUAUAUAAGAGAUUUCUGUUACAAGCAUCCAUCCUCAUUUUACUUUUUUUUUUGUGAUAUUUUAAUAUAGCUUAUUUUGUUGAAAAAUUUAUUAUGCAAUUUUGUUCAUAGUCAUUUGUAAGCAUACAUGUGUUUUGUUGUCAAGACCGGCUUCCUCACAAUCGGAUAGCAAGAACAUCAUAAAUGAAGUUAUUAAGAUGGUACAUAGAUUUGUGAAUUUUUACCAAAUAUUCUUAAUUAUUCUGAUGAUUUGCUGCUGUGGAUUUCUACUGUAAUCCAUGUAUACAUCUAAGCUUUCGUCUUAAUCUGCUUUCUGUUAAGCUGCAGUUCAGAUCUGCUGUACUCAUCUUCCACUGAACACUUGUAAAUAGCCUGCUUUAUCUAUUAAAACAUUUGUAUCACAUA